ACUUAUAUGCUAAUAAUAUCCUGUAUAUAAAGCAAGAGAAGCCGGCCCUUGAGCUUCAAUACAUAUACAGAGAGAAGCAACAUCAUCCUGGUGAGAAUAUAUAUAUACAUAUAUAUCUAUAUAUGAUCAUGGAGGUGAGUAAUAGAUACACAACCAUCAAGACCCACAUAGACGGCGCACCAAAGGAGUCUGAUUUCGAGCUCAAGACCGCACCUCUUGUUCUGUCAGUCGAGCCUGGGUCCGGUGACAUUAUUGUCCAGAAUCUCUAUGUCUCCAUAGACCCUUACCAGCUAAACCGCAUGAAAAGUCACAGCUCCUCCCACACACUCUCUGAUUACUCACUCCCCAUCACUCCUUGUCAGGUAAUUGAAGUUUAUGGAGUGGCAAAGGUUGUGGUUUCUGGGAAUUCUGAGUUUGAUAAGGAUGAUUUAGUUGUGGGAAUGAUUGAAUGGGGAGAGUAUAGUUUGAUUAAAAGUGGUGGAAUGAUAAGGAAGUUGGAUCCCAUGGGGUUUCCUCUGUCUCACCAUGUUGGAAUACUGGGACUUACUACUGGAUUGACAGCCUAUGCUGGAUUCUUUGAAAUCUGUAAGCCUAAGAAAGGGGAGAGAGUUUUUGUAUCUGCUGCUUCUGGUGCAGUUGGAAGUCUGGUUGGUCAGUACGCAAAGCUGUUUGGAUGCUACGUCGUUGGCUGCGCUGGAACCAAAGAAAAGGUAGCAUUGCUGAAGGAAAAACUUGGGUUUGAUGAUGCAUUCAACUACAAGGAAGAAAAGGACUUGAAGUCAACUCUCAAGAAGUACUUCCCAGAAGGGAUUGAUGUAUACUAUGACAAUGUGGGUGCUGAAAUGCAAGAAGCAGCGGUGGCUAACAUGAACAUAUUUGGAAGAGUGGCUGUUUGUGGAGUAAUAUCUGAAUACACAAACGAUGGAAAGAGAGCUGCACCAAAUAUGCUGGAUAUUGUGUACAAAAGAAUCACAAUUCAAGGAUUCUUAGCCGCUGAUCACAUGAACCUGUGCUCGGAUUUCAUUUCAAUAACUAGUGAUCACAUCCGUACUGGCAAAAUCCUGGCGCUUGAAGACAUAUCGGAUGGGGUGGAGAGCAUUCCCUCUGCUUUUGUGGGACUAUUUUGCGGUCAUAACGUCGGAAAGAAAAUUGUACGAAUUGCGCAAGAGUGAGUCUGUGAGGCUGUGAAUGAACCGCGCGACGCCAUCCUGUGAUGGGCAUCUUCUGUUCACUCUUGUCUUUUUUUCAGUUCUUUGUCUUCAUGCACAAAAGUCGCUUCUCUCAAGAAUCCAAAGUAUGCUGGCUGGCAACGAAUUUACCAAAUAAUUAUAUAUCUUCAAUUAUUCUUA